GUGCUGUCAAAUUUAGGUUCCGUUUGUCAAAAUAAAAUAUUAACCAUGAACCGAAAGUGUGAGCCAUUUGCCACGUGGAUAAAUAAGUUACAAUUAUAAAAUGUAUCGAGUAAUUUCAAUUCGUGACAUAGGAAGUCAUAAUACGAAAUGUAUCUGCUCCUCCCAAACUUUACAAACGAUUGAAGCUUUCCUCGUCACAGAUAGCUGUGAUUGCUUCUGGGAGGAAAGGGCGGUCGAAUACCUUUUCAGGACUACAUGGACGUAAUGUAAUUUACUUUGCACGUUUAAGUUAUGUCAGGAGAUUUGUAAUGUCAACAGAACAGGAUAAAGAUACCUUCUCUCUCAAAAGCAACCGAGGUGGAGAUGGGCUUGAUUGUCUAGGAGGCACAGGUGUUCUGUUGGGUAGCCCAGACAAGAAAAAGCGCAAGUCAAACACACAGGUGUGUCCCCAGGCUCCCUCCUCCCUCGCUCCACUAUCUCUGUAUGCUCCACCACCAAACCCAAGUGCUGACCACCUAGUCGCUGCCAAUCCUUUUGAUGACAACUACAACACACCAUCUUUCAAGCCUCUGUCCUCUGGAAACUCAUAUUUUAUCCGCCCUCACUUCCCUGGCUUUAAUAGCUAUGGCCCUCCCAGGAUGGCCCCCCUCAUGUCCAAUAGGAGGCACUCUUCAUACGGGGGUCCCUACCCGAUGCGAAACCAGCUCCACUCUUUUGCCCAGAACCAAAUCGGCAUGGGGUUAAAUCGACCUCCCAGCUUUAAUUAUGAGCACCAUGGAAAUCCCAAUUAUGGUAACCAGCCACCAGUCAACAGUAUCAGAAAUAUGCCACAUCUACCCAAUCAGCGUUUUCGACCAGGUCUUGGAGACAACUUGAGUCAGGGGCCUCUGCCAAAUGUGAACCCAAGUACUUCUGAUAGGGUCCUGACCUAUGGACCGGAGGUCAACCCAGUUGGGAACCCACCAGCCCGACCCAGCAAGGACACUAGCCUGGGUUCUACUCAGCAGCAGCUUAACAAAAACGUUACUCGCUCCAGUACACCCAUGUCUAAACAGGAUUUGUGUGAGGUGGUUUCAAACAAAAGUACUCAGAACACAUCUCCAUGCAAACAAAGCCAUGGCUCAGAGGAUAUCAUAUGUCAGGUGAACUCUGUUGACCUAAAAUCGAAGAAUAGACCCUCCCUAGUGUGUCAGAGUAGAAGGCAGCCUAACACCACAGACAAAUUAAAUGGUAUCAUCCACCCCAAUAACGAUGCCCUUAAGAAGUCCCCACAAUCAGGUGUGCAUGUAGACCCAGCCCCCCAGGAGCUGAACAGAAGCAGUGGAAGUGGUGGUUUGGCCAGCAGUAAGACUUCGGUGCAACCCAGCAAGCAUAUCCACUCAUCUACGGAGCCUGUGUUUCCAUGCGGAAUAUGCCUGAAUGAAGUGAAUGAUGACCAGGAAGCUAUCCUGUGUGAGGCCUCAUGUCAAAAAUGGUUCCACAGGGUUUGUACUGGAAUGACUGAGACAGCUUACAAUCUGUUGACAGCAGAGGUGUGGGCAGUGUGGGGGUGUGAUGUCUGCAUGGAGGAGAAGGGGGCACAGCUCCUUAGAACAAAGGAGCUAAUAGAGCAGCCAGCAGGGCAGCCAGCUACAGUUAAUAGCAAGUGAUUAUAGUCAUGAAAAUGGGCAGUUGUGAAAUUCCGUCUUAUACUGGUCAUUGCUUUUAGUGUGCUUCAUUUGUAGGCAAUGUUUGCCUUUUAAGAAGGCUUAUUUUUUACCAUACCAUGGUUUUUUGUGUUUGGCAUGUAGUAACAUUUGAAAAGCAGUUCCUAGCCCAUGGUUAGGCCUAUGCAGAAGCCUGACUUACGUUCUCUCUAAUGUCAUAUAUAUAUUCCUUUUUCUGGGCCCUUUUCAGGUAUCUUUUGUCUUUUAAAUAUAGCCAUGUUGACUACAAAAAUGUAAUUCUCUUUACAAGAUCCUUACUGUAAGUUAUUACAUCAGUACCACAUUAAGCAUUCUUGAAAGUUAACUGAUUAUCAGAUGUUAAUGUUUUACCAAAAGUUUAUCCAAGUCUCAGGAGUAGGGUAUCCUAUAAAUCAGGUUUGAGGAGUUAGCAAGGUAACUUCGAUCAAUUCUGAGUCCUACUGGGAAUAACCGGUCACACAAAAGUGUCUUCAAGCUAACUGUGUUUGCCCAGAAAGAAAUAGCUGAGCAGGGAAUUGGGGACCAAUGAAAUCUGAGUUCCUCGUUCUCUCAAGUAUCAUAAAAUGUAACUAUCUGUCCCAUUCCAAUUACUUUAUACAAGUGUUUUAUUGAACAAGAUGGAGAAAGGGAUGCAUAUGCAUUGAUAAGCGUAUCAAAUUCAACAGUAGUAUUAUUGCUCAAGUAAAAAAAUUACCUAAAAUCCGAGCUGCUCGGCAGGAAUCUCAUGAUCUGUGCAGAUUCAACCCAAAGUCUCAAAAAAGUCUGUUUUGUGUGAAACAGACAUUAUGACCAAAGAUUACCUAUUUAAACAUUGUAGUUUCUCACUCAUUGAUGCCACAUUGAGUGUUCUUAGGAAAACCUUUUUUGGGUUCAGUUACCUAUUUAAAGCUUGCAAAUAUCAAGCUCGCUUCGUAGGAUACCCCGCUUUAUGGGGCUCCAAGGCCUUCCACCCGAUAUUACAUUUUACAGUUGGUUAACGUGUUUUAUUAAACUGUUUAUAUUAAGUAUAUUUUGAGCCUUAAGGACAUUCAUCAAACAUUAUUCAAAUGUAAGUAAAAAUUAAGUAAAAACUAUUAUAAGAAAUGUAUGAAAUAACUUUAUGUGUGCACUUAAUUUAAAAGUUUAUUAUUUUGUAUUUGCAAAGGCGUGCUGCAUAAACGUAAAUUCAAUUAUUUGCAAAAUUAUAAAGUGUAGCUCUCAUUUUAGCUACUGGUGAAAUUUAAAUGUUUAAGUACAAUGAAUGUGUUUCAAAAUAGUCUGUAUUCUCAUAUAGAUUUUUGUUAUUGUUUGGCAAUGUUUUGUGAUUCAACAAUUUUUUAAAAUAUCAAAUAAAUCUGUCAACCCUACUUAAUGGGAGAUCAUAACUGAAGUGGUCUGAAUGUGCUUCUGGAAUAGGAUAUCCUAACUAAGAUGUUCUUUUGCACGUGACACUACACAAUGGAAAAUAUUUGUGAGAAGAAAUCUACUUAACUAUAUUUUAAAUGCAACAUGCAACAAUUUUAAAGAUUCUACUCAGUUACCCUGGUUGUACCCUGCCUGGUACAAUUGAAACUGGGAUUUAUCUGGGAUGGCAAUUGAAACUGGGAUUUAAGAUAAAGUGGCUGUCAAAGUUGGUUACAACACUUAACUACAUUCAAGUCGGACAACAAGCACACAGAUUGUUUUGGCAGUUCAAAACCAUGAACUCAGACGAUCCCACAGGUGAAGAAGCCAGAUGUGGAGGCACAUUUUUUAGCACAUCUAUUUAUAUUUUUAGGCAACCUUUUAUAUUACCCAGCAGAAAGUGCACCCUAGUCUAAGUAUUUGGACAGUGGCACAUUUUGUGGUUUUGCAUCUUCAGUUCCUGUUUGUUUUUUAGCCGUUUUUGUCUUCAGUUUUGUCUUCAGCAAGUGAAAUGCUUGCUCAGUUUGAUUCAGGUGAUAUUUUUAAUAAUACACCAAUCACAGCAAAUGCAUUGUGAAACUUUGAAAAGGCUAUCAAAAUAGCCUUACUGUUUCAAAAUGGCAAUACAAUUUUGACUAAAUUCAAGACACACUGAUUGGCUCUUGUCAUGUUUGCACACAUAAAAACACAAGUACAUGAACAAAUGACAGAGUCAAUGUCAUAGAGCUAUUCUAGCCCAUGUUUUAGUCUUGGAUUCAUCAACACACAACAUUUAAAUGUGCGCACUAUAAUAGGCACAUCCUGAGAUAGGGCUACAUCUAUUAUAAGUCGUUUGGAUAACAUACACACAUUAGUUCUCUAAAUUUGAUCCUUUGCAACAAAAAUAUAACCCUACAGUGUAUUGGAA